AUGAUGUUGAAUAAUAAUUCAAAAGCAGUUAACAACUAUUUAUCUCCAGAUAAUCCAUUAUUUUGGAGUCGUCCAACGCCUCUUAGUUGCAACGCUGUACGGCUCAUUGGAAUAUGCUUAUGUCUUGCUGCAUUUAUCGGUAUUAUUUUAAACGGGGCACUUGUUUAUAGUUUUGCUCGAUAUAAAUUUCUUCGUACACCACCUAAUAUAUUUAUAAUGUUUAUUUCGAUCAUUGGUCUUGUUACUUCAUGUAGCAUAAUUCCAUUAGCAGGUAGUUCGUCUAUUUACUGUUAUUGGCUAUUCAACCGUGGUGGAUGCCAAUUUGAAGGCAUCAUGACUUCUUUAUAUGGAUGUUCAAGUUCAUAUCUACUUUGCGCAGUUAGUCUUAGUCGCUGCUAUAUUAUUGUACGACCAUUUCAUGCAAAAGCUAUUACUGCCCCUAAAUGUAUUAUUAUUGCUUCAGUAGCUGUCACUAUUACUUUUAUCUGGGUAAUGAUGCCAGUUCUUGGAUGGAAUGAAUAUACUUUGGAGGGAGCUCUAACGUCAUGUUGUAUAAAUUGGUAUGAUCGGCGAUUAUUAUUUGUUUCUUAUAAUUUCUUCCUUUUUGCUUUUUUCUAUUGUCUUCCAUUGAUUAUUCUUAUUACAGCCAAUACAAGAAUUUAUCUUGGAUUAAAAAAAAUGAGAAAUAAACUGGCACAAGGUGAUAAAACUGAAUUAAGUCAAAAACGAAUUGAAAUGGAAGGUCGAAUACUUAAAAGUACUAUAAUGACAGUAUUGAGUUUUGUUAUAACAUGGACUCCAUAUGCAAUUGUAUUUUUUAUCGCAGUAUUUCGUGGUCCUGGUGCAGCAGUACCACCUAUGGCAACAUUCAUAUGUGCUUGUUUUGCUAAAUCAUCUGUUAUGUGGAUUCCAAUGCUAUACAUAAGUACAUCAACUUAUUUUCGACCAAGUUUCGUUGAUAUGAAGUGCAUGGAUAAGCAAGGAUCGAUGAGUUCUACAGGUGCAGGAACAUAUAAUCCAUAUGCUUUACCUCGUAAAAAUGAAGGAGCACCAGCAAUAUCAGUGAUUCAAGCAUCAAAGGAGAAAAGAUGUUCGGCUAUAGAUAAACAAUAA